AUGGCUGCUUCUUCAAUCUUCAUGGCAACUCCCAUCACACUCCUCAGAAAAACUCCCACCUUCUCCGUCAAAUGCAUGUCACAAACACCACAAGGCGGUGAACCGGAGAUUUCAAAACCAGCAACCACCCCAACACCACCACAGAUCAACAUUCCUCCUCCUCCGCCACCUGCUCCAAAGGUCAGCACGAAGUUCUCUGAUGUGUUGGCGUUUAGUGGACCUGCACCGGAGAGGAUCAACGGAAGGUUAGCCAUGAUAGGGUUUGUGUCGGCGAUGGCUGUGGAAGUGAGCAGCGGUCAAGACGUCUUUACCCAGAUCGGCAACGGCGGAGUUGCGGUGUUUGUGGGGACUAGCGUGGUGUUGACGUUAGCUUCGUUGGUGCCGUUGUUUAAAGGAGUGAGUGUGCAGUCGAAGUCGAGUGGACUUAUGACGUCAGAUGCAGAGCUUUGGAAUGGGCGGUUUGCGAUGUUGGGUUUGGUGGCUUUGGCUUUUACUGAAUAUGUUAAAGGCAGUGCCCUUGUUUAA